GUUUUAGCUAUGCCGGCCUGGGCCGACUUCGACUCGGAUUCAAACACUUCACUGCCUCCCGCGUCCUUAUUUUCUUGCUCGCCGUGUUUCCCCAAAUCCCGAUCCAUCAGACCACGCCCUCCGAUCAGCCUCCCUCGAUCCAUCUUCCUCUCUCUCAGUGCCGGAUCGUUGCUCCUCGAUCAACUCCGCGGCCGCGACCAUGGCCGGCACCACGGUGCUCCCGCCGUCUCUGCUCCCGCGCCGUAGCGCCGCCGCCUCCGCCGACCUGCACUCCUGCUCCUCCCGCGUGCGCGUGAACCCUGCCUUGAUGGCGAACCCCGCGGCUGCCAAGAAGCCAAAGCGCCCCGGAUCCAUGCGCGGCGAGCAACCGCCGCCGGCGAAGCGCCUACGCGGUGCCUGCUCCGGGGGCGAGCUCCAUGUCGCCGUCCCCGCCAACAUCAAGAACGGCAGGAAGCUUCCGUCUCCCAUCAGCGGCAAGGAUCUGCUCCACUCCUCCGCAAUCAAGAACCAGGUCGCCGAAUCUCCGGCUGCCGCGACGCAAUCGAAGCCGCAGAUGAGCAUGCGCGAACUGAUCGCGAACGCUCGCCUCACCAUGGCUCGCCUCGACAAGGCUCGCUCUGCCUCCAAAGAAGAGGCCAACCGUCGGCAGGAGAUCGAGCGCAGCAGAGCAGAGGCCCGGCGAAAGAUGGAGCAGAUGGCGGACACGGUGCAGUUCAACGACCCCUGGAUCCAUCACUCCGACGUGACCAAGUCCCCUGAGGAGCUGCUCAAAGCAAGACAGCACGCAUGGCGUUAUCAAGCUCACCUCCUCGAGAUGGCUCGUCGACGGGACUUUGCUCAAGCGAUGCAAAUCCAGGAUGAGCGCUCGGGUGAUGGAAGCAGAGGAAGAAAUCAUCAGCAGUGCAGGCUUGCUGGUGGUAGUCUUGCAUCAGAGGAAGCAAAGCAGAGUUAAGCUAGUCCUUCCUAAACCAUUCACACAUGAGUUUCAUUUAAUCUUUGCAUCUCUAGGUUCUGCACUUAAUCACCAAGAUUUCUAGUGUUCUUUCAAUCCCUUUCAGCCAUUAGUAAUUUUACAAGAGUGUCAGCAGAGUCUCCAUCUAGCUAGGCAGCAAAAACCUUGUUAAGAUGUGUACGGCAUAGUUACACUACAUCCACACCUGGUCCUAAGUAAGGGUUUAAGUAAAUAAAGGGCAUUUUCAAUAAAUCAAAGUAAAGCAGAUGAGCCUAAAAAGGAAGCUCAUGUACUGCAAUUCCGGCACGAGACAGAGCGUAAAACGCACUCGCCGCAAAAUCCAAAACGCCCGUUUGCUACCCGGCUUGUAGCAGGAAAAAAGGAGUAGAAUUGAACUUGUCGAUACACACAGUAAUCAUGUGAGCUGCCUAGCGUCUGGAGACUAUGCUGACCCUCCUGUAAACUUAAUCUUGGCUGACUUGGAUUCUUAGGCAUUGGCGUCGUGGUGAGUUAAAGUUGCAGUUUCUGACGAGUAGCAUUGGUUGGUGAACUCUUGUGUGUAUGUGUGAGUGAAGCUUUGAGCUAAGCAAGUCCUUGAUGUACCGACUAUCAAGUCAUACUGUAAUCAAUUUUGGAUUUGAAUGAGAAAAUUGUUGGUCUGAAUUUUGCAGAGCA